AUGAGUCGUGUUGACGCCUCCGACGGGCAUAAGUUUAGACUGGCUCAACCAAAAUACCUUUACUAUGAAAAGAAAGAUAGAAGAGAGCUGCACGAAAUCCGAAAUGACGGAGGCAUCCCGCACUAUGAUCCCCAGCCGCCAUCAGUCACUGGUCUCCGGGCCGACAUAAAAAUUCUCCCCCCGGCGCGCCACUUGAUUAAUGCUUGUAAAAAGCCCAAU